CGAUGGCCGCGGCCGGUAGCGUUUGUGCCGGCCUCAUAAGGCACAAGCACAUUUUAUUACGCGAAUUAACCGAUACAAAUAUACUAGAUGUUUUAGUUAAGAAAGGAAUCUUUAAUUUACACGAUUUGGAAUCGGUAACUAGUGCGGACGAAUGUGAUAAGUGUAAUUAUUUCAUUGAAGUUGUUAGUAAACAAAGCGGUGCUAAGUUGAAUGAUUUGUGUGAUGUGUUGAAAAACGAAUGCCCUAAACUAGCUAAGGAACUUAUGAAUGACAGACACAGAUUCAUUGUUAAUGGUUACAGCCCGGAGCACACCAAAGAUACAAUGGUGAUGAACCAUAACUUGAACAGAGAAUCUCCCCGUUCCCGUCGCUCCGUGUCGCAAUGCUCUUGCAACAGCAUGUCGAGGAGAUCGUCGGCGGCUGCGUCACCAAUGCCGCUGCCACCACUCAACAACACCGUCGAGAUGUACGUCGAACCCGUCGUGGAAGAUACCGCAGAACGCAGCACUGGCUGGGAAACGCAUCGUGUGCGCUUGAAUCGAGUGCAAGGAUACGGCUUCGGCAUUGCCGUAUCUGGAGGCAGAGACAAUCCUCACUUCGCGAGUGGAGAUCCCUCUAUAGCAGUGUCGGAUGUGUUACGCGGUGGUCCCGCUGAGGAUAAACUCCAGGUGAAUGACAGGAUUGUCUCUGUGAACGGCGUGUCCCUUGAGAAUGUGGAGUACGCGCGUGCUGUACAGGUACUGCGGGAUUCGGGCGCGGCUGUGUCACUGGUGGUUCGACGGAGAGCUCCAGCGCCACCACCCACUGCUCCCACCACCAUUAAACUAGCCCUCUCUAGGAAUGGGAAGAAAGAAGAUUUCGGAGUCGUGCUUGGAUGUAAAUUGUAUAUAAAAGAGUUAACGAUGAGAGCAAGAGAACAGCUGAACCAAAACGGACAAGGCCUAUGCGAGGGCGACGUCAUAUCGAGGAUUAAUAAUACACCCGUAACGGAUGCCAUGACACUGAAAGAGGCCAGAAAAUUAGUGGAAUCUUGUAAGGACCGACUGAACUUGGUCGUGACCAGAGAACUAAUAAGAGAAGAAACGGUCACGAAUGGGAACUAUCAGAACAAUUACAGUAGUUUGGAUGCUCCGUCCCAUAACGUGUAUCCUGGGGCCGAACCGUUGUCUCCGGCGUAUUCUAGCAGCGGACAGAACUUGUACGUAGCGGCGCCGGUCAGGGGCGGCUCCGGCGACGCGAGGAGAGGACCGAUGUCGCACGAAGUGGAACAACCCCCGAGACCGCCGCCACCCAGAAAUGACGAUUACUACAGCAGCAGAAGACAGCUGUAUGAAGAAGAAGCAAUGAAUCAAAGGAACAAACCACCGAGUGAACCAAGAUUAAUAAGUUUCCAAAAAGAAGGGUCAGUAGGGUUGCGAUUGUGCGGUGGUAAUCGUUCGGGUGUCUUCGUAUCGGGAGUCCAACCGACCAGCCCUGCGGCGUUGCAGGGACUGCAACCAGCCGAUAAAAUACUGAAGGUCAACGACAUGGAAAUGAAAGGUGUUACCCGUGAAGAAGCAGUGCUGUUUCUGUUGAGUUUACAAGAUAGAAUCGACCUCAUAGUCCAACAUUCGCCUGAUGAAUACAACGCUGUAGCCAGUGGACAGAUGCCGGGUGAUUCAUUUCACGUAAAAACUCAUUUCCACUACACGGAGCCGACUGAUGGGGAAAUGUCUUUUCGCUGCGGCGAUGUCUUCCACGUCGUUGAUACUUUACAUAACGGCACUGUUGGGGCGUGGCAAGUUUAUCGGAUAGGCCGAAAUAAUCAAGAAGUCCAGAAAGGGACAAUACCUAAUAAGGCGCGUGCCGAAGAACUAGCUACAGCACAGUUCAAUGCGACGAAGAAGGAAAUGUCAGGAAAUGAUGGAAAGAGCAAUUUCUUUAGGAGGCGACGCUCUACGCAUAGGCGAAGCAAGAGCCUCGGAAAGGAGCAUUGGGAUGAAGUGGUGCUGUCUGAUAGCAUUAGUAAAUUCCCAGCAUACGAGCGUGUAGUGUUAAAACAACCGGGCUUCAUACGGCCAGUUAUAGUUUUAGGAGCCGUUUCAGAUAUCGCCAGAGAACGGCUGCUUACUGAAAAUCCUGAUAAAUUCUCAUCACCAAAAAUGGACAGCUCCUUGGAGGACAGUAAAACAAAAUCGGCAGGAAUAAUCCGAUUAUCAAGUAUUAGGAAUAUUAUGGAGAGAGGGAAACACGCCCUAUUAGACAUUACUCCAAAUGCGGUCGACAGAUUGAACUAUGCACAGUUCUAUCCCAUCGUUAUAUUUUUGAAAGCCGACAACAAACAUAUUAUCAAACAACUGAGAUCGGGGCUACCAAAAUCAGCCCAUAAAUCAUCGAAGAAGCUUCUAGAACAAUGCCAACACAUGGAGAGAGUGUGGGGACAUGUUUUUACGCACACAGUAACAUUGAGCGAGGCUAACCAGAACACGUGGUUCAGCAAGCUUGUAGAAUUGAUACAAAGGACCCAACAGCAACAGCUAUGGGUGUCGGAGACGAAGCGACCGGAGCCUCUCUCCGACGACUUUUUGUUUUCAAUGUCGUCGAGUACCGAGAACAGACUCUCGUAUGCUUCAAGUCCUGAAAGCGAUUUGGAAGUUAGUCCUCCACCCGCUCCGAGACUAGUGAAGUCUUCCUCGGAUCCCUCCAUAGCAACAACUCAGGAUAAUUUGGAUCGCGACGAAGACAUGAACCAUAUGAACGACGCCGUGCCACCUCCUUACACGCAAAGUGGCUACGGAGACAGCAAGUACGGUUUCGCUGCCAACGGCAAUGGUCAGACAAAUAGUCAAAAUCACAGCCAAAUGAGUCACAAUAUGGGACCCAAUGACGCACCUCCGUACCAGUGCAGUCCUAUGACACAUUCGCCCCCGCACUCGCCAUUAUAUGGAACAGUUCCAGAAUUGCCUCCGCGUGGCGGUCCCAUAACCAGACCGGCAGGAGGAGUGCUCCUACCGGCACCGCCUCCGGGACGACCACCGCAUUCUCUUCGACACAACCCACCAAACAAUCGUCCAAGCGCCCAGGAGCGUCUAUUCGGUCCACCCAAAGACCCUGGCAGUGAUGAAAAUUCGACCUACACUGCGCGUCCGACUAGCAUGAUCAUUCAGCCCACUCAAAGCCAAGGAUCCUUGGAUAGGCAUAGGCAUCUUGGCAACCCACAGAGUUCAUACGACGGCACACCCUCAUACGAAUACAGUUCAUCGAACAACGGUGCAGGGAUUGGUUCCCGGCUGCCGCCGAACGCACCGGACGAUCUCAAAGUUGCACCUCCGCCUUCCAUUAAAAUGGAGCCGCCACCUCCACCGAACCCGGCUGCGAUGGCCACACAGAGCCCGCACAGGAACUCGAACUCGCACGAACACAACUCACUGGAUUAUAGGGGCCCUGAGAACAAUUACAGCAGACCCCCAGAAUACAGGAGUCCACAACAGAAUCGUCCGCCGCCCAUGAAUGGGCACAGUCCGCACGCGCCCAUGCACGCCAGAGGACCUUCGCUACCGAACGUGCCAACUAACGACCACGCUAAAUAUAGCAGCGGGCGAACGAAUUCGGCAUCUCAAGCAGACUACAACCAAAGAGGAGCCGCCCCCGUGCCCCCGUACAAGCCGGUGCCGCCGCCGAAACCCAAACACUACCGGCCCCCGGACAGCGGCAUGCACCCGAGGAACGGGAGCACGGAGCCGGUCCGGCCGCCGUCCCCGGGCGCCGGUCGCGGCUCGCACUACUCGCAUCAGCACUCUCUGUCGCAGCCCUCGCACCGCCCCCACAACCACAACUACCCCCAGCAAAAUAUGUACGGUGGUCAGAUGCCGCCACAGUCGCCGCCGUACUCCGGGCCCCCAUCCCACCACCGCGGCAUCAACCUGCCGCAUAACCCUCACCUCAUCGAUUUAGCAGGAAGCCGCGAGCAACGCGGCUCAGCUUUUGAACUGUACAGAAAACCUCAACACAUGCACAACUUGAGUUCAUCUGACGCCUUGAAUACGACCGUGGAGCAUGACGAAACAUUCUCGCCAAAAACUAAAAAGAAACUAUCCAAAAAGCCAUCGUUCAUUAAAAACGCCGUCCUUGAACUGUUUCGAUCUAAAACGAAAAACUCCCAGAAGGUGUCACGACAGAAGUCGCUCUGCGAAAGCGACUUGCAGCAGAGGAACCAAGCGACACAGAUCACGAUGCUCAGACGCGAGAAAUCGGAUCUGAGCGAUUUCAGUACGCACAUGAGAAACACGCAAAUCAGAAAUCAAAUGUUGCAGCGUAGCAACUCCUCAUCGUGCGAGAAACCUGUCUUGAAGCCGAUCCUUAAAAGACAGAGUUCCUUCUGCGACGACCGCAACGGCUCGAUAUGUACUAUACGGGAUUACGACGCGAGACCUGUCCUAAAAACGCUGAGACGACAGAAUUCGAUGUGCGAUAUCGAAACAGAACCAAAAGUUACGCCAUUAUUGCGCAGACAAAAUUCCCUAAUAGAAUACAAUAGACGGGGUAUAUAUGGCCAAACUAAUAAUUUUAACAUGAUAACCAAAAUAGAUCCCAUUUACCAAAGACGGCAACAAAUAAAACACGAACCAUUCUAUCCCACUCAACCGCUACCUCCGGAACCAGUUUACCAAAGCAAGGACCGUCUCGUCUACGAUCCUAUUCCUAAACCAAGGAGGACAUACACUUCUCAGUACGAUGCUUCAUCUGAAAAUCCUUACGNAAGCAGAUCAGAAGUAUCAGAUCAAAGCUUUGAAUGUCCGUACGGAAGUCGACAAACUCUACCAAUGCCAUUAAUCGACCCUCCUUACGCUUCCAAAUCUGAGUGCUUGAGAGAGAGUGCGUACGUGACAAGAACCGAAAUACAGACUGAAAGUCCCUAUGCUAAUAAACAAGAAAUUAUGUCGCAAUCUGAGUUCCUAUGCAAAGAGGCCCCUUAUGCUAGCAAGGAACAACUGUUAAAACAAAGAAUUACAUCUGACUGCGCGUACGCCACUAAAGAAGAAAUGCUACGGCAAAGAUUUUCCGAAUCUCCAUACAACACAAAAGACGAACUGUUUAAACAAAGAAUGGAGACUGCAUAUAUUAAGGAACCGAUAUAUGGUAAAAGAACUUACGAACCGCCGCCUAGCACAUCGUGGUCCGAAAGUUCUUACGCCGUCCGACCUGAUCGUAGAUUCCACACACCGGUCGGUUGCGCAGGAAGGAUAACACCCAUGGGUAAAUGUAUGAGCGAACCACCGUAUGCGACUAGAUCAGAGAUGAUGGCAAGAAUCGGUCAAACGGAUUCUCCAUAUAGCACGAGGUCCGAAGUGAAAUCUAGUGGUUCUGACAGUCAGUACAGUAGUAGGAAUGAGGUAUUUGAUUAUAGACAUGACGUCAGACCAGCUUCUGCAGAGUGCACCUAUGUAACUAAACAAGAGAUCAUGUCACAGAAAGCAGCAUUUUUAGCAAACAAAGAUUCUACUUAUAGCGUAAAGCUAGAAGAAAAGUUAGAAAUCAUAAAACAAAGAAAUCAAGCUAAAAAGGACAUGAUUUACCAAACGAGAAAGGAGGCUAAUGAAAGUGAUUCUGCGAAAAUAAGAGAACCAUUGUAUGUCUCAAAAAGAGAAUUGAAAGAAAGCAUCAUAUAUGAAUCACAGCAAGAAACAAAAGAAAUACAACCUGAAAUACAAGAUAGCAGUGCUAGAAGCAGCCCUUAUGAAUUAAGUGAUGCUAAUCAUUUGUCUCGUCGGGAGCCGGUCUAUCAGACAAAAGACGAAGCAGAAGCCGGACUAAAAACAGAUACAUUCCAAGAAAUUGAUUUCUCGAAACUCAGAUUGACCGAGUCUAGAACAGAUGCGGAAAAAGAGAAGUCACUAAAUUUAGAAACGAACAUACUGAAAGGCGAAGCUAUGUACGCCCCUCGAUUGCACGGAAAAGCUGAUCACAUUUCUAAUGCGUUAAAAGUAACUACAUCACCAACUCCAUAUGAAUCUAGUACAUCUAUGGAAACGCAUUAUGCGUCAGAAUGCAGCAUGAAUUUCGAAAAUAAACCUCAAAGCACACCCUAUACAUCACAAGAUAUGUCUGAACAAUCCCCGAAACAAAAUAAGAUGGUUACCUUUUGCGAAAAGAUAAUUGAAAAAAGUCCCGAAACUAGCCAGGAAAAUUCACAAAACAUGUCGAACAGUCAAAAUGAAACGACAAUUAUAAAUAACCAAAAUACAGUUCUGCAGACAACGCUAUCAGAUAGCACUGAAUUUGGCAAUAAAACCCAACAAAUCGAACCGGACGGUCCGCAUACAACAUGGGGAAUAUUUGACAGUGAAGGUGGCGUUUUAGAAGAUAGGCAAUGGGGCGUAUCCCUUGUAAUCCCUCCCAAGGCCAUUGCUCCGGGCAUCAAGCAAAAGAUCUACUUUACGGUGUCAGAUCCACGACUCAGUCAGCGCGUGGGGGGACCACCAAUCGAUAUGGAUAACGGUGAAGCGAUGCUAUCCCCACUAGUGAUGUGUGGUCCGCAAGGACUAGUGUUCCUCAGACCGGUCACACUCCGUCUACCGCAUUGCGCUAAUGCUGUUCCAUCACUAGGGCUGACAAUCAAAGCGACUGACACUGAAGCUCAUCUAAGCACAGACUGGGAUCAGAUACAUCUACCUGCAACGACCACUUUGAACACGGUGGCCGUAAAAGUCGACCAUUUUUGAAUUCCAAACAAAAUUGAACGUUUUUUUUAUUGUCCUUGUAGGCAGACGAGCAUACGGCCCAUCUGAUGUUAAGUGGUUACCGUCGCCCAUGGACUUCAGCAAUGCCAGGGGCAGAGCCAAGCCGCUGCCUAAAAAAUUUUCGUCUCUCAAUUAUUUUCUUACAUCAAUUACGUACGAACAGAAUUGUUACAGUGAAAGCGUUAAUUUUAACGUAUUUACGAAUUUCGAUUUGCGAUUUAAACAAAUUCGUUCAGUAAAUUGGAAUUCAAAAAUUUUCUUUACUUCGUCACAAUUGAAUGUUGUUUUCAUAUCGCAUUUGUCCUUGUAUUAGAUCAUUAAAAAUUAUCACAAUAGUUUUUAUAAAAGACAUUCAUAUUUCUAAUUUAAUCACUUCUCGAAUAGUGAGAAUAAUUUUAUUCUAUCUAAAGUACCUAUAUUAUUGUCUAUGACUCGUGAUUAUUUGGCGUCUUACCACAGUACGGUGUAUUCAUUAGGAUUAUUUUUGAUUAUGUUCAAUAAUGUAAUAUUAGUUUGUCGUAAAAGUAAAAAAAAAAAGUGUCAGAUUGUUUUCUUAAAAUGAAUCUUACAUAAUUUUCUUUUGUUUGAAUCAAAUACUUUUACUGAGUACACUAUCAGCAUUAUUAUUUUUUAAUCGAUGCAAAAUAAGAUUUACAGUCAACGUUAUGUUAUCAAUAAUCGUUUAUAUACAUUCAAAAAACUAAUAUUGUAUAUUAAAAUAUUGUUAUUAGUGAUACGAUAAAUAUAAUUUGACUCCAUAAUAAAUUU